CUAUAAUAAAUUUAUGGUAAAUACAUUUAAAACAUUUAAGAACUUUUGUAUCAUUUUAGGAUCUGUUGGUCCCCCUUUACCUAAUUGUCAUAUAAAAUUAAUUGAUGUUCCAGAAAUGGGUUAUUUAGCACAAAAUGAUGCAGGAGAGAUUUGUAUUCGAGGACCUGGUGUUUUCAAAGGUUAUUUUAAAAAUCCUACUGCAACAAAAGAAGCAUUGGAUGAAAAUGGUUGGUUGCAUACAGGAGAUAUUGGUCGUUGGUUGCCUAAUGGAUCAUUAGCAAUUAUAGACAGAAAGAAGCAUUUGUUGAAAUUAUCUCAAGGAGAAUAUGUUGUACCCGAGAAAGUGGAAAAUAUCUACAGCCAAUAUGAUGUCAUUCUACAAAUUUUUGUUGAUGGAUUUUCUGAUCAAGAUUAUUUGGUGUCUGUUAUUGUCCCAGAAAAGGCAACAUUUAUCAAGUGGGCCAAAAGAAAGAAUUUUGAUACAUCAGAUUAUGAUAAAUUAUGCAGCAACAAAAAUGUGCGUGCUACUUUAUUGAAGAAAUUACACAAAAUUGGAAAGGCCAAUGGGCUAAAUUCAUUAGAACAGGUUAAUUAUUAUUAUUAUUCCUUCUUAUACAAAAUAUUGGUAAAAGCAAUUGUUAUGUAUUUACAGUUAUCACAACAAUAA